UUGGUUGAUGUGUUGUCAGUCAGCAGCUCUCCGGGAACAGACGUCCUGAUCUAGUUUCAUUCUGGGGUUGCGGGUCUGCUGGAUCGGCUUCUGGUAACCGGUCGUCGUGUCAUCAGCAGUGACUAUGGCUCGUCCAGCAGCGCUCACCCUCCUCUCUGCGAUCGUAGCAGUUGCAGCUGCUGACUUUAGUGUCUUGAAGUCUCCCCAAAACCAGAUCUUCAGGUCAGGAAACUGGCCACUUCCAGGAGAACGGAUUCCAGAUGUGAUUGCCUUGUCUAUGGGUUUUUCAGUUGAAGAGGAUCUGCCUUGGCCUGGGCUUGGAGUUGGCAAUAUAUUUCAGCGUCCACGUGCCACUGUUUUAGUAACUGUCACCGGUGUGGACAAACUUCCUCUGUCAGAUAAUGCGAUUUCUUACCCAGUAGAGAAUGCUGUUCCUUACAGUGUUGAUAGUGUGGUGAACUCCAUCCAUUCACUGUUUUCUGAAGAGAUGCCACUAGUUCUACAGUUGGCCCCCAUCGAAGAAAGAGUGUACAUGGUUGGAAAGGCCAACACAGUGUUUGAAGACCUUGCAGUCACUUUACGACAACUGAGAAGUCGCUUGGAGCAGGAUAACUCCAUUCUUGCCUCUGUGUCUUUAGGAUCUUUAUAUAAAAAUGAUGAAAUUGACAGACUGUUCCUCUCUGAAAUGCAAAGUCUUCAAGAUAUUCCAAGUUUGCUUUCUCGGCAUAAGCAUCUUGCUAAAGAUAACGUUCCAGACAUUUACGCCUUGGAGUUUACCGGUCUGGAAGAGAUCAAGAAACGUUAUGGAGAGGACUCUGUGAAGUUUAAGGACGCCAUCAGAAUUCUGUCAGAAUGUCUACAGAAGUUUGCAGAUGACAUGCACAGUAUCUAUGGGGGAAAUGCCAUUGUGGAAGUUGUCGCAGUGGAAACAUUCGAGACUCCCUUGACGAGGAAGAGCCGUUCUAUCCUGGAAACACAAACGGCUAGUACUCCCACUGAUCCAUACAAUCUGGCCUACGAAUAUAAUUUUGACUAUGCGGUCGUCUUCAACAUCAUCUUGUGGAUCAUGAUUGGUCUGGCUCUUUCUGUUAUCGCAAUCUCAUACAACCUCUGGAACAUGGACCCUGGCUAUGACAGUAUCAUCUACAGAAUGACCAACCAGAAGAUCAGGAUGGACUAAUGUUGAGAUCUAGUAAAUUAUUAAAAAUUUUCUUUGGUUGUUUUUUCUUUCUUAAACGUGAACCUGUCAGUAUGCAACAAGGUGGGGAAAUCUGGGUGUCACCUGUAGUGAUCUAAAUAAAGGUGUAGUUAGAGAGAUUAUUGAAGGAAGAAUGGGGUAAAUAGCAGCUGCUACUUUUGUGUCCUGGUGUGGCACUUCAGACCUUAGGUUAUGGCCACGUGGUCGGGUUUCUGCAUGCAGUUUUGGAAGCCAAAAUCAGGAGUGAAUUUAAAAGAGAAGUCAAAUGUGUCCUUUUAUAUGUGCUCGCCUUUUAUGAUCCACUCCUGAUUUUGGCUUCCAAAACGGCAUCAGGAAACCUGACCGUGUGGCCGUACCCUUACUUUGUAGUGUGCAUUUUUAUCCUUUUUAAAAUGGAAAAUGAUCAUUGAAGACCAAACGUCCUCCUUCCACCCCUCGGUGUCUCUUCUCCCCUCCUCCUAUUCUGCUCAUUUAUAACCUUAACAUGGAGUCAGCAGACUAAUGAGUCCUAUCCCUAUGCUUAGGAUAUGGAGAAGCAUAACCUUGUUACCUAAUCCAUGCUUCAUGCCCAAGGCAGCUUAGAAAAAUUCCAGGUUGCUUUUGGCAACAUGUCCAAGACAAUAUUAAUACAUGAGGUCCCAUAUAUUACUGGAAGAUGCUGCUAUCCAUCUUAUCUAUAAUUCUGUUGGGUAGGCAGAUUCUGUUUUAUCAACUAGCUUAGUAGAAUGCACCUACAAUAGCUUAACCACUAGUAUAAGCCCAAAAUGGGGUUAAUGGGCAAGGUGUAAAUGGUGGCAUGCAACAAACUGUGGUUUGAAAUAUGUGGUGGAAAAAUCUGACCUGUAUUUGCUGUGCAGCAGAAUCCGAGGCCAAUCCUCAUACUGCAGACUUGCAGUCUGUCUUACUGUGGUUUAGCCACAGUAGAGCUAAUCUGUGUGAGUCUGCCUGCGCGCCACAGUAGAGCUAAUCUGUGUGUGUCGACCUGCCCACAGUUUCUGUCACUUUUUUUUUUUUUUCUGCAAUUUGAAAUCUGCAUUAGAAUAAAUAAAAAUCUGUGCUGUAUCCACUACGGCUCUGACUCCCAUUGCAAUCAGUGGGACUCUGAAUACACACUGAUUUCAGCACUGUAUAUGCAUAAAAAAUCUGCCAAGUGUGAUUUUAUGUCGUUAACGUAAAUGCUCCCUACCAUAAUAGCCUUUAAUGUUCAGAUAUAAAUAUAUUGAUUUGAUGAAUAAAUGUGAUUUUUAUAGGUGUGUAGAAUUAGCCUUGUGCUCUGUUAAAUAUCUGUAUAUUGAGAAUACUGCUGGCGCUCAUCUGGACAUGGCUGUAAAUGUUCUAUUCUACUGAUGUAAAUAUAUAUAAAAAUCCAGUAAAAUCCUUGUCCAUAUUUAUUCCCAAACUUGUGCACGUCUCAUUGCAUACUUUUUCCCCAACCUCCAAAUGUCCUUGCGGAUUUAAGGCGUUCAGCUUGUAUUAAAGGGGGUGGCCCAUCUCAUACAUUGGUGGCAUAUCGCUAGGACAGGGAUGACCAACCUUCAGCUGUUGUAAAACUAAAAUUCCCACCAUGCUCAGCUGUAGGCAGGUUGGCCAUCCCUGCACUAGGAUAUGCCCCCAAUGUCGUAUAGGUGCAGGUCCCAUCUCUGGAACUCGCACCUAUCGUUAGAAAAGAGCAUCCAAAGUAAAUGGAGGGUGAUUGUGCAUGCAGAGCCACCCUACAUUUAUUUCUAUGGGAGUGCAGAAAAUAGUUAAGCAGCGCAUUCGGCUAUUUUCAGAAGUCUGAUAGAAAUUAAUAUGAAGCGCAAGUGUGGCCACCGCUCCAUUCACUUUCAUGGGGCUGACAAAAUAUUUUCAGCACUCCCAUAAAAAUGAAUGGAGGGUGGCGACACAUGCAUGAUUAACUCUCCUUUACUUUGUGGACUGUUUUCUAAAGAUAGGUGCGGAUCCAACCUCUGAGACCUGCAUCUAUCAGACAUUGGGGGCAUAUCCUAGCGAUAUGCUCCCAAUGUCUGAGAUGGGCCACCCCUUUUAAUGAUUCCAAGAAGCGGGUUACUGAUGCCCAAAGGGUACAUUCUCACCCAUGCACUGUGCAGCAAACUGUGGCGGUCUUGUGAUCCUGUCUUUAGAUGAAACAAGUAUAAGCCAUUUAGGCAAAUGCAUCAUAAACUGCAGCAAUUUACAGUAAAAGGCACGUUAUUUUGCCAUGCGGUAAUUGACCACCCAGCACAAUAUCACUGCUAUAUGGCAUGUUAGAACCCACCAAAAAUGUAGCCCUGUUUCAUCAUCACAUGAUCCACCAAAAACGAACAGAAAUGGCUUUAUAGUAUAUAAAUGUCAAUUAUAAAAAUAAUUAUUAGAUGAUAAAAUUAACAAAUACAAUAAACCGAGGAUAGAAAUAUAGUAAUAUUUUGUGCCCAUGAUUGAUCGCUCUGAUGCUGAUAACAUCCCUCAUGUAAAUAGCAGAAAAUGACAAUUAAAACACUUUACUUUUUAGUACAUUUGAGACCAAGACCAUGACCAUGCAUUACAUCGGUCCUGUGUGUUCAGGUGGGCACUAUGCCAACCCUGGGUGGUACAGAGGGAAGACGCUACUAUGAGGGUCUUGUAAAGCUAUUUAUUGUGAGUCCUUUACACACCCAGCCUAUUGAAUGUGAAAGUUAUUCUGUUGAAUAUUGAGGAAUAUUUUCCCUGAUCUGUCUUCUGAGUACUGGUAAUUCUGUAAAAAUAAACUGUC